AUGGCGGCAUCUCUAGCUACGGCCUUGUCGCAGCUCAAGCUGGACGCUCAGCAGGUCAGGACACCCGAUUUCGAUGCCCGGCUUGUGGAGGAGGAAAGCGGGGGGGCGUAUGCGCACACCCAGAGGCCUCGCAAGAGGGUCCGACAGGACGCAGAGGCGCUCAAGGCGGAAUUGGAGCGUGAUUUCCUGACUCCAUCGCCUCGGUUUAGUCCCGAAUGGCUGAAUCGACUACAGAGACGCUGGGAUGUACCGACAGAUUACACCGACCUGUUUGAUGUGGCUGCAACCCAGACACGGACUGUCACCCGGUUCACCCGCGAGGGCCUUGAGGGUCGUGUUACUGGCUAUGUGGAGGUGACGGUUCCUGCUGCGAGUGCGACGGCCAAGAACUCGACGUCCUUGCUGCGUCGGCCGGCUGGCCGUGCCGACUUUGUCCGGGGGGCGGCUGGGUUUUUCCCCUUCGCGCCCGGUGGACUGGAUGGCGUCGAAGCCCUUGCUGCCAUGGAAUCGGAGGCGCAGGCGGCCGAACAAUCGCGGUUGGGCGGGGCCAAGCAGUCGGGUCUCGAUCGCAUUAUCAACUUCAAUACGGAAGACGGGUUGCUGGAGAUCCCGCCCGGAUUCUCUCGUGGGUUGAAGUUUGAGAAGGCCAAGUCUACGGAAGCUGAUCAAGAGGUGGAAGCCACCCUCCAAGAAGAGGAAGUGGUGGGAUCUUCUCGCGAAGACGAGGAGGCCAUCCCGGGGGCUGAAGAGAAGGGCAAGACCGAGGAAGACGAAGAUGUCAGCGAGGGUGAGGAAGAAGACAUAGAUACCCUAUUGCCUGUUGAAUUUCCAUCACUGGAGCCUCGUGCGCCGCUUCUCUCUACCAUCGCGAAGAAAGGUGGGAAGGAAUGGGCCCAUGUGGUCGAUGUCAACAAGGAUAUCCCGAACUUUAACGAAUUGGUGCCCGACAUGGCUAGAGAAUGGCCCUUUGAGCUGGAUACAUUCCAGAAGGAAGCCGUGUAUCAUCUCGAAAACGGCGACUCGGUCUUUGUUGCUGCCCAUACGUCUGCGGGGAAGACGGUCGUCGCUGAAUAUGCCAUCGCUCUGGCUGCGAAGCAUAUGACCAAGGCCAUCUAUACAUCGCCCAUCAAAGCCCUGAGUAACCAGAAGUUCCGGGAUUUCCGGACCACCUUUGACGACGUUGGUAUCCUUACAGGUGAUGUCCAGAUCAACCCGGAGGCAAGCUGUCUGAUCAUGACGACCGAAAUUCUUCGCAGUAUGCUCUAUCGCGGCGCUGAUUUGAUCAGAGAUGUGGAAUUCGUCAUCUUCGACGAGGUUCACUAUGUGAACGAUCUGGAGAGAGGCGUGGUCUGGGAAGAAGUCAUCAUCAUGCUUCCAGAGCAUGUUACCCUGAUCCUUCUCUCCGCCACCGUUCCUAACACGUACGAGUUUGCCUCCUGGGUUGGACGGACAAAGAAAAAGGACAUCUAUGUCAUUUCCACGGCCAAGCGUCCUGUCCCGCUAGAGCACUACCUAUGGGCUGGACACAACAAGCACAAGAUUGUGGACUCCAACAAACGAUUCCUGGAGCAAGGCUGGAAAUCGGCAGAUGAGAUCCUGUCAGGAAGAGACAAAGUCAAGGCCCAGAAGGCUGCUGAGGCUCAGGCCCAGUCUCAGGCCCAUCAAUCCCAACGCGGCGGCGGCGGCCCUCAAGGCAGAGGGCGAGGCCCGGGUCCUGCUCGAGGUGCUGGUGGUCGCGGCGGUGGUGGUCAACGAGGAGGAGGCGGCGGCGGGGGUGGUGCACAGAGAGGCGCACCGCAGAGGGGUAGAGGACAACCGUCCAACAGAGGAACCGGAAACAUCGCCAGAACCGGUCGUGGAGGCGGUCGCACUACGGUCGCUCAGGACCGUAACAUCUGGGUACACCUGGUUCAACAUCUUCGCAAGGAGAAUCUCCUUCCCGGCUGUAUCUUUGUCUUCUCGAAGAAGCGAUGCGAAGAGAACGCCGACUCGCUUUCGAAGCAGGAUUUCUGUACCGCUUCUGAGAAGAGUCUGAUCCACAUGUUCAUCGAGAAGUCCCUUACUCGUCUGAAACCAGAGGACCGGUCCCUGCCGCAGAUUCUUCGCCUUCGUGAGCUCCUCAGCAGAGGUAUCGCGGUUCACCACGGUGGUCUCUUGCCGAUCAUGAAGGAGAUCGUGGAGAUUCUUUUCGCCAAGUCGCUGGUCAAGGUCCUGUUCGCCACCGAAACGUUUGCCAUGGGCCUCAAUCUGCCUACACGCACCGUCGUCUUCUCCGGAUUCCGCAAGCAUGAUGGUAAGGGCUUCCGAGACCUGCUGCCUGGCGAGUACACGCAGAUGGCUGGUCGUGCUGGGCGACGAGGCCUCGACACGGUAGGCUAUGUAAUUAUCGUGACCAGUGGUCGCGAUGAGGCGCCUCCAGUGGGUGCGCUGCGACGGAUGAUCCUGGGCGACCCGACGAAGCUCCGAUCCCAAUUCCGGCUUACAUACAAUAUGAUUCUCAACCUGCUCCGCGUCGAAGCUUUGAAGAUCGAAGAAAUGAUCAAGCGGAGUUUCAGCGAGAAUGCAACCCAGGCACUGUUACCUGAACAUGAAAAACAGGUCCAGCUGUCCGAAGCUAGUCUGGCCAAGAUCAAGCGCGAGCCGUGCUCAAUCUGCGACAUCGACCUUGCCAACUGCCAUCAGGCAGCGAUCGAGUAUGAGAAGCUAACCGGCGAGCUCAAUCUCGGGUUGCUUGCGUCUCCAGUGGGACGACGUCUUUUUAUCCCCAAACGACUCGUCGUGUACCGAAAGGAGGGACUUCGAACGGCCGGCAUCGUGGUCAAGGAAGGGGUCAGCGGCGGGACGACUCCAAGCAUCCAGGUCCUUGAGAUCGGCACGUUGAGCAGUAGACGUCAUCCCAGCGAUAUCCUUCCCUUUACCCCGGCAUUCCGUCACUUGUUGCAGCCGCUGCCUACCCGCGCUGCCGACAUGACGCUCAAGGUCUGCCGAGUGCCUAUCCAGGACCUGGAAUGCGUCACCAAGACCUUGAUCAAACUCGGGGGCCCUAUCUGGUACCUCAACAUUAAAAAGGAAGCAGCCAAGUAUGCCGAUAAAGAGUUGUCGAAACUGUGCGCCUCUUGGACCAAUCCUGUCUGGGACGAGGUAGACUACGAGCGGAUCAAAGAACUUCAAGUCCGGGACAUUCUCGAGAAACGACAGGCGCAGAUCAACAUUGCGCAGUCUUGCAAAUCUCUCGAGUGUCCAACCUUUUUGGCGCACUUCGAGAUGCAACACGACGAAUGGCAGGUCAAGGAAAACAUCAACCAGCUUAAGCAACUCAUGUCCGACCAGAACCUACAACUGCUACCGGACUACGAGCAGCGAAUCUUCGUUCUCAAGGAACUCGGGUUCAUCGACGACCAUUCGCGCGUUCAGUUGAAAGGCAAGGUGGCCUGUGAGAUCCAUUCGGCCGAUGAGCUGGUGUUGACGGAGCUGAUCCUAGAGAACGUGCUGGCGGAAUUCGAGCCGGAAGAGAUUGUGGCCUUGCUGUCGGCGUUUGUCUUCCAAGAGAAGACAGAGAACGUGCCGACGCUGACGCCGCGGCUGGAAAAGGGCAAGGAGGCGAUCAUCCGGAUCUCCGACAAGGUCAACGACUUCCAGGUGCUACACCAGGUGAUCCAGUCGAGCGAGGACCAGAACGACUUUGCCAGCAAGCCACGCUUCGGCCUGGCGGAGGUGGUGUACGAGUGGGCCAAGGGCAUGUCGUUCAACCGCAUCACCGACCUGACCGACGUGAUGGAGGGCACCAUCGUCCGCACCGUCAGCCGGCUGGACGAGACGUGCCGGGAGGUCAAGAACGCGGCCAAGCUGGUGGGAGACCCGACGCUGUACACCAAGAUGCAGCAGGCGCAGGAGUUGAUCAAGCGCGACGUGAUCUUUGCGGCAUCGCUGUACAUGUGA